AUGUUCAACCCGGAACGUUACGGGCUCAGUCCGGACUUCCGGCUAACAAAGUUCUCAACGCUGCGAGGGUGAGGUUCGAAGGUUCCUCAAGAUGUCCUAAACCGACUUCUUGCAGGAGUGUACGCAGAACAGUUAGGCGAUAAGGAUGUGAAGGAGAAGAAGCAGGAUACGGAGGACGGUGUUGGAAUAGGACUGGAUUCAUCUGUAAUAGCGCUUAAGCAUGACCUCUUUCUGGUACAAUCGGUCGAUUUCUUCUAUCCGCUUAUCGACGAUCCGUUUAUGCUGGGCAAAAUUGCGUUGGCCAACGUGGUAAGUGAUGUGUUUGCGGUCGGUGCAACGGAAAUCGAUCAGAUAAAGCUGAUCGUUACCGCGCCGACCGAAUUUACCGACAAGGAGCGUGAAGUAGUGGUGCCGAUGGUGAUGAAAGGAUUUUUGGAAGCUGCGAAAGAGUGCAAAGCACCGGUCAAGAUUGGCAGCAUCGCGGAAAACCCUUGGUGCAUUAUUGGUGGCGCUGCUACGGCUGUCUGUCAUCGGUCGGAGCUGAUAAUGCCAUACAACGCCGAAGAAGGUGAUGCGAUCGUCUUGACCAAACCACUAGGUACACAGCUGGCCACAAAUGCUUACAUCUGGAUGAACGAAAUGUCUGAAAACUGGACGCGUCUUCAGGAGCGUUUCAGUGGGGCAGAUAUUGAAGAAACAUAUCGUAUCGCAUUAGAAUCGAUGUCCCGACUGAACAAAACGGGAGCGGAAUUGAUGCGAAAGCACAACGCACACGCAGCCACAGACGUCACCGGUUUUGGCAUCUACGGACAUGCCGAGAAUUUGGCAUCGUUUCAGAAGGCCGAAGUAGAUUUCCAUCUUGACACGCUUCCCAUCAUCAAAAACGUACGGGAAAUAGCGGACAUACUUGGCCGGAGCACAAAACUAUUGGCUGGCAAGGCAGUAGAAACGAGCGGAGGGUUGUUAAUAUGUUUGCCAAGCAGUAGCGCGGACGCAUUCUGUGAAGAGUAUAAGCAUUGCACCAAACACGAGGCAUGGAUUGUAGGGCGCGUUGAAAAGGGUACGCGAGGUGUAAAGAUGAAUCCAAAUCCUAAAAUUUUAACCGUGGAAGAGUCGUAACAUCGCAUCUGAACAUAGACGACGACGGUGGUGACUUCAAGCGUAUGAAGCGAACUCCGGAAAGGCUGCAAAGGCUGAGGAAUUUGCGAAAGCUUUCUUGAACCAUCAUCCCAAGGUGUUAGUGUUUUGUGUGAUUUGAAUAAAGCAUGUAAUGCAAAUGUAAUCUUUGAAAAUA